GUGUGCAGUCGCGGCAGAGCCAGCGCGCCCGACGCAUCGUCAACGCCCGCCAACUCGCCAUGAAGCUCCUGCUGGUGGGCUUGCUGUCGCUGCUGGGCUCGAGCUCGGCGGCACCGCCGCUCGCGAGCUACGAUCAACGUCAGGAAGGCGAUCUCAACGUGAAGGUCGACCUCGACAACUUCGUGAUCGUGCUCGCAAGGCCGUCGUCGUCGUCGUCGGGCUUCGACCUUCUCGGCUCGGUGGCCUCGUUGCUCGCCGACACCAAGAGCAACCGAGUGCCCGUGCACGCGGAGGCCGACUCGGAGGCGAACGCCGCGGCCGACGCUAAUGGCAGCAAGGGCCUGGACGACGUUUCCCUCGGCGAGCGACCCGCGAAGAGCGCCGGCGACGAGGCCGUGGUCGUGCUGAUCCAGAGCCACGCGGACGGCGAGAGCAAGAGCGACGAGGCGACGAGGGACGUCGGCCAAGUCGCCAGGACACUGAGGAAUCUCAGGCCCAGGGAAGCCGCCUCGCACGCUGCCGAGAAGAGCAAGUCUUUCCUGUCGAGCAAGUACAAGUUCGUUGACUCGGUUCACGACCCGCAAAGCCUCAAGCUCAUCGGGGAUGCGAUUGAGGCUUGUGGGCCUGGCCGAAGCCGCGAUCGGUUCGGCGUCUGCAAGCAGGAUUAAGGCCAUUCUUUAGUUAUAUUAUCGAAAUACAGUGAGUGAAUAGAACCUCGAGGCAAAGAAAGCCAUGAGAUGGGUCGGGUAAAAUGUGGAAUAUAUUAGACGCAAAGCAGAUAUCGUUGUAGUCCGAAAAGGUGAAUCAAUCCACUGACGUCGCGACAUUACUGUACGCGCUCUCGCGUCAAAAUUGCACGUCUGUCUGCAAAAAUUUAAAUCAGCCGGGAACAAGAAAGAGAGCGAAUUGCACAACUUGUCGACGGCGACACGUGAGUAGUCUCAUAAGUUUAUAUACGUAUCCGAUUCGCAUUAGCGCGACGUCUCCGCUUCCUCCUUCAUACGAAUGGCGUGCUGAUGCGAACAGCAGAUAUCUCUUCUCUUAUACUUAUGCAGAUACCACCAAAUGAAUUUUUCGUUCGUAAGGUGUACUCCACGACUACGUUUGUAUGCGCAUAUGUAAUUUGUUUGAGUAAUAAAUGGA